UGUUUUCAGACUGGUCAGUUUGUUCAUCCUAAAACCUGGUUUGGGUGAUGCCAGAAAAAAAACUUUGGACAAGGCAUGUAGGUAUGGAAGCCUUGAACAGCGUGGGCAGCUCUGGUAGCUGUGACAGUAUUGAAAGCAUUUCCUCCAACCACUCUGCUUUUAGUGGAGACGGAUAUGAUCAUCUUUCUGCUGAGGAGCGUGAAUGUUUGAUGUUUCUUGAAGAAACCAUAGGGUCCUUAGACAAUGAGGAUGACAGUGGAUUAUCAAAUGAUGAAUUGGAAACCACCAAAGGGGACAGCCUUCUGGUUUCAGAACCAGUGAAGAUUCCUUUUUCUGAUAGCAAUGAGAAAACAUCAUCAAAGAACACAGCACUACCUAAUUCGGCAGAAUGGAUAAAUACAGCUUUUGACUUCAGUGCAAUUUCAAAGGGACACCACAGUUUCCCAAGAGUCCAAGUUCCCAAAGAAGAAAGCACAAAGGAACCAUUUGACUACAAGCAGGAUGCUCCCAAAAAAGACCAGCUGAAGCUAUAUCCUGAGAAACCUAAAAGGAUGUCUUCAAUUAAUCCCCAGCACAAAGGAGAAUCUCAUUUGUCCGAGUUCUUAAUUCUACCACCUCCUGAAGCUUUCAGAGACCCCCAAACUGUAGACAAACGACAUUCUGUCACUGAUCCCACAGAUUCACGUGAAGUCCGAUUAACUAGACAAGUACUGAAAUCUGCCAUCAUUUCGGAACAUAAAGAGGCACCAGCCACAAUAAAGGAAUCUGACCAAAAACUACCACUGCCUGUAUUCCCAAGAGUGUCUUCACCAAGUAAAUUCAUAACUGGUGAACAAGAGCCUCGCAAUCAAGCCAUAGAAAAGCCUUCCGAGACCCAAUUUAAACAGGGCCCACCUACAGCACCCAAGCCACGUACACUACCACCCCACAUAGUUAUUAAAACAAGCAGUGGAAAUAUUCAAAAUUUAGACCCACAGAAAAGACCAAGAACAUUUUCAGCACAUGAAAGGAGCACAGAAAAAGCUAAUGAAUCUGUGAUCACAACUCUUCUGCAUUCUAAAGAACAAGAAACAGCCAGGCAUGAGGCACUUAAAAAAUUAGGCUUGGAGGAGAAAACUAGGAAUCCGGAACAUAAUUCCAUUCCACCAUCCAAAACAGACUUUCCUGCAGCACCAUAUGGAAGUGAUCAAUGGCAAAAAGAAGCUAAAAGGAAAAGUUUUAUGAAUCAGCAAGAGAAAACAGAUUCCUCAAGUAGUAUUCCAGUACAGCCUCUUGUAGUACCUCAGAAAACUGCCAUGAAUAUAAAAAAUGAAGUGCUUGCUAGGAAUAGGCUAAGCAUGAAGACAACAAUGUUUGAGAAAGUUGAUGUGCCUGCUAGUGUUACUCCUUUAGUUAAUCAGAAAGAAACACAUGGCCCUAUUACCAGUGAUAUCAUUGUAAAGACCAAACACAGUGAGAAGGCAAGCACCCAGGAAAAGCCAGAUGGACUGAUAACGCCAUCUUUAACUGAUAUGCAUGAUGUAACUGAUAAUUCCAAGUAUGUAAAAUCUGAUAGAAAUGCCUCACAGGUGAACCCAGUUCUUUACAGAAAAGAAAAUAAUGUGACUACUGAACCUGAUCAUCCAGACUCCUUUCUGAAUCUUAAUCAAGAUAGAAGGAAAGACUUUGCGAACCUAGAGGAUAGUGCUGCAGCUGCAGACAAUACAGAGAAGCAUUCCUUUUUCUCAAGGCCAUCUCGUCAGUCUGGUCCUGUCACAAGCGUUAAGAUUGCACCUAAAGGAUCCACAGAUGAACACAGACGGCAAGCCUUGAAAAAGCUUGGCAUUCUAAAGGAAUGA